AUGUCUGAACCAAUCUACGCACGCAAAGACCCUCGCAGUCCGGAGGAGUACUAUGCAAGUCUCCAGGGCGCACAGGGCUCAUUGGAGUCCAAAUUCAAGAAUAUUGACGACGAGACGAAUUUCAUGGAUUAUAUGCAGCGGCUGCAAAACGAGCUGACGAGGAGUUUUGUGCUGGAGUUUGGGAAUGACGUUGCGUAUUGUGCGACGGAUUUGAAUACGGGAGAUUUUCGGGGCUUGUUGAGUGGUCAGGUAUGUUCGAUGUUCAAAGUUCGAUGUUUAGAAAGGGGAAUUGGGGUUAACACUGACUCUUUUCAUUGCAGUCAUAUUUGGUAUCCAGAGCAGCAAAAAGAUAUAAUUAAAGCUAUCACAUCCCAUUAUGGAGUCUCCGAACGACUACAGGGCAUGAUGUAUACCGAGCCCUUCCACGCUGCGCCGCCCUCAGCCGCAGCUCCUCCCAAGAAGCCAAAGCGAGUGUCUGCCCAGACAGUCGACCUGGAACUCGAUGACAUCGAAAGUGAACCUGCCAUGACGAAGAAAUAUCCAUCCUCCUCAUCGGAAGGCAUCACGUUCGGGCAAGUCACCGACCAGAUCUGGCAUUUCUCGUCUGUGGACUACGGUCCCCGAUAUACGUGUGUCGGGUACAAUACACUAUUUGUAGCACCCGAUGUACCCGUGGCAAAUGGCCAGGACCUGCCCGAAGGCACGCGACUCUGGUCGUGGCUGAUCCUGUGCGAUGAUGGGACUCUUAUUUCGAUCCAGGAAAAUCCCUUCCCGCAGAUCCAUACGCUGGCUCAAGAAGAGCAGACCGCGGUGCUCAAAGUCGUACGACGGAAUAUCCAAUUUAUUUUCUCCGGCAUCUCAAAGCAGCACGCCAACAAGUCGCAGAGCGAGUCGCUGGUGACGGUCCGAGUCCGAAAUUUUCAUGAUGUUGGACCGGACCCGACAAACAUCAAGCAGGAGGAUGGGCCAAGUUUGCUGUUCUACUAUCUGUUUGACGACUGGGUGUCGAGCUUUGGGCUGAUCGCGAAGCGCCAGCACAAGUACGGUGUUUCUUUGGAGACAUUGAGAUCACAAAUGCUGGAUCGACCCAUGGUCGACCUCGUCGAUGAACUCCACUGGCUGGGACGACGGCUCGGUGUUCUUAAGCGACUAUAUCAGAGCUAUGAGCUCAUUAUGCGACGCCUGCUCCAGCGACAAAGGCUGUUGCGUGACGAGGCUCGCUCCUCCAAUCCUCCGCCUAUGUCCUUUGGAAACACUUUUGCAGAGCCCGACUCUACAGAUCUCAGGCAAGGGAGUAUCGUCAGCGAUGGCAAUCGGUUUGGAACGAACGAUAAGCCCGUCGGUGUGGCUCUGAGUUCGGCGGCGGUGGCCCGGUUCGAGCGGCUGAUCGACCGGAUCAAUCUAUAUUGUUUGAGCGAGAUAGACACCUGCCUUUUGGAAAAGGAGUCAUUGACGUUCUUGAACUUCAACUUGAUCGCGCUCAAAGACUCCCAGGCCGUGGAGAAAUUGACACGGAUCACCAUCUUGCUCGCCAAAGCCACCAUGCUGUUCCUGCCCGUCAGUCUCAUGACGGCGUAUUUCUCCACGGAGCUCAAUGGUGUCAAGGGCGGGUACAGCCAGGCCGAAUACUGGGUGGCAUUUGUGGUGAUCUUUGUGGUGACCGUUCUGGUCCUGACCAUCUUCGGGUACGCCAGCGACACUGUGGAAGGCAAGACGAUCUAUCGGUCGCUGGUGAAGACAUUCUUCCGACGAUCACGAGAAAGGAUCACUGGACGUGGAGGACGCCGGGACUGA